CUAAGCUGGUUCUCCUUCUUCAAGCGAUUCGGAGCUCUCUCUUACAGUCGAAGCCGUCUCCUUCCGAACUGCAAUCAUGGGGAAGACACGUGGAUCGGUCUCUGCUCGCAAGCUCAAAAACCACCGAAGGCGGCAAAGGUGGGCCGACAAGGCAUACAAGAAGUCACAUCUUGGCAACGAAUGGAACAAGCCAUUUGCCGGAUCUUCACAUGCAAAAGGCAUUGUUCUUGAAAAGAUUGGUAUUGAGGCUAAGCAGCCGAACUCUGCCAUUAGAAAAUGUGCUCGUGUUCAGCUGAUUAAGAACGGGAAGAAGAUCGCGGCCUUUGUACCGAACGAUGGUUGCUUGAACUACAUUGAGGAGAAUGACGAGGUUUUGAUUGCGGGAUUUGGUCGGAAAGGGCAUGCUGUUGGUGAUAUUCCUGGAGUCAGAUUCAAGGUUGUGAAGGUUUCUGGGGUGUCUCUCUUAGCCCUCUUCAAAGAGAAAAAGGAGAAGCCUAGAUCUUAAGCUGCCUCGUACAAAAUGUUUUUGGUAAUUUAUUUUGUUCCUGAAUCUCGAGAGCUGGAGAAAUUACUUAUUU